AUGUCCUGCUCUGGGCCAUGCUCGGCCAAGCAAGCUUCCAAGAACAUCCAGACCCUCGGCAAGCAAAGCCGCUGGCAGCAAGCCCUGGAUGUGCUUCGUGGCCUCUCGAAGCAAGGCUCGCUGCCCAACGUGUUUACCUACUCAGCUGCGAUUGGUGCUGCAGGGCGAGGCAAGCAGUGGAGGAGUGCUCUUGGCCUUCUCCUCUGUAUGUGCCAGGAAGCCGUACUGCCGGAUAUGUUCAUCUGGAGCGGCCUGCUUGCCACUUGUGAGCCCUUGGGCUGGGAGGGAAGUCUCCAACUCCUCAACUCAGCGGCCGCCGUCAGCACGGUAGUUUGUAACACAGCCAUGAAGGGCUUCUCCAGGCAUUGGCCGCUUAGUUUGGCCCUGGCAACGACCAUGAGCAGCUCAACUCUCGAGCCGGACAUCACCACUAUGAACACCGCCCUCACGGCUCAAGUCAAAGAAGGCCGAUGGCAGCAAGCAGUUGAGAUGUUGCUGCUGUCACACACUGCCGGCGAAAUUCCACCUGACAUUGUUUCUGUGAAUGCGCUUCUUGCGAUUUGCCCGAAUGAUCUGGACUGGCGCUGGGCUUUGCAUCUGCUGACUUGGGCGAAGACGUGGCUCCUGCAGCCGGACGUCAUCAGUUAUUCCUCCAGCAUCACUGCCGCAGCGAACGAUGCCCGCUGGACACUGGCUUUGGCCCUUUUGCGGGAGGCCAUGAUGCAGAAGGUGCUCCCCGACCUCGUCAUGCUCAAUGCCGCCAUCUCCGCUUGCGUGAAGGGCUUCCAGUGGGAGCGUGCGCUCGGACUUCUGGGGGAAGUCGAUCGAGCGCACCUUGCACCCGAUGUCAUCAGCUUUGGAGCCGUGGCAACUGCCUGUGAGAAGGGCGGGCAUUGGGAGGGCGCGUGGUCACUACUGGCGACCAUGAGGUCACGAAGCAUCACACCUGAUACAGUUGUCUGCAAUGCCAUCAUCGGCGCUUUGGAGAAGGGGAGCUGCUGGAAGAUGGCGCUGCAACUACUCAGCUCCAUGAAGCACCAAGGGCCGACACCUGAUAUGGUCUCGUAUGUUGCGACCAUGGCUGCCUGCGACAAGGCCGAACAAUGGGAGAUCGCCUUGCUCUUGCUGGAUGAGGUCCGGCAAUCAUCGCAUGUCUCAACUGUCCAGGUUGCCUUCAAUAUCUGCAUCAGUGCAUGUGAGAGGAGUCGGGAGGCCAAGACAGCUUUGGCGUUGUUUGACAAGAUGUGCGACUCGGGCCUGCAUCCGGAUCGCCAUAGUUUCAACUCGGCACUUCGCGCCUGCCAAGUGGCUGGGGCCUGGCGGAGGGCCCUGCGUCUGCUGCUGAGUGCCGAGGAUGGCUUGGGCCAGGACCUGACGGGAAUUGCAGCCGUGGCUGGGAGCAAGAUGGACAAGCUCCGCAAAAAGUACCCUGAGCAUGUGCCGGUGAUUUGUAUGCACAGCAGGGAUGCCCAGAAGCAUCAAAAGCUCAUCGUGCCCUUCCAGACAACAGGCACUACGUUCCAGACGAUUGCGCGUGAAAAGUGCCCGUGGGCCAUGCAAGGCGGCAAAGUCUUGCUAUGCAACAAGGGCAAGGUCACCGAUACCAUGGAGGUGCCUGCACAGAAGACCCUGCAACAGCUGGAUUCUGAGUACAGGGCACCAGAUGGAGGGGUCUAUUUCACGGUGGAAGCCGCGAAGGAUGAUGUGCAGGAAGCACCAAAAGUUCAGGAAGCACCAAAGGGGCCGCAAGAGUUCAAGAUGGACGAGAACGUCCCCAAGGACGAGAAUGUCCAGCAACAGGAGAAUGUUCAGGAGAAGAAAAAGAAAGCAAAGGCCAAGGCCAAGGAGGGGUCAGAGGAUCCCAAGGAAGACGACAUCGUUGAAAGAGCCAGGCGAAUUCGCAAGAAGCACCCCGACCGUGUUCCAGUUCUCAUCAAUCAAGCAGCAGUGCCAGGAUUGCCCGCACUUGACAAGAAGCUUUUGAUUCCUGAUACCAUGACUUGCAGAGACUUGAAAAAGAUUCUUCCGAAACACAUAGGCCUCGCAGACUUGGACCUGGACUGGAGCAAAGUGAUCCUCCAGCUGGCUGGCCAGGCCAUUGGGGAGGACAUCGAGGAGCACGAGCUUGUGUCAGCCGUCUACACUCGGUGCGUCGGCUCGGACGACGAAGGAAUCAUGCUCUCUUUGGAGCUACGGGACCAUCAUCUUCCAGAGCUGCAUGCAGUGCAUUCAGGUGCUGGCGAAACGGCAACCGAGACCCUCAGCUUCUCACCACCUUCGGCGGAGGAGCUACGAGUUUUGGAGCUCCAGCUGCAGGAAGUCAACGCUGCUUUCGAGGAGGCCAAGAAGUCGCAGCAGCUCUCCGCAGCCAAAUUGGCCGAACAGGAAGAGCGUGCAUGGGCAGCAGAAGAGAAGGCGCUGAAAGCCGACCAGGAGCUUGCGAUGCGAUGCCAAGUGCAACGACAGGAAGCAGAGGCUUUCCAGAAUCAGGUUUCGCAGGCCCAGGAGGCUCGCGAAGCUUUGGAGGCGCAGGUGAUCAGCGGAAAGGACGAGAUCGAGGCUCUGCAUCGGCGUGUGCAGUCCUUGGAGGCCGACCUUCAGAGCGCCCUUCUGAGCUGCAAGCGGGAUGCCGGCAUCAUCGGGGAGCUGCAUUUGAGUAUGAAGGAGUCGGAGGACGCUUUGAUGCUUGAGGCACAAAAAAACAGUGCUGCAGAGGUGAAGCUUAUCAAGCUUCAACAGAAGGUGCAGGAAGCAGCUGACCAGGAAGUCAGAUCUAUGAAGAUGUAUGCCGACCGAGAAAAGGACUAUCAGGACAAAAUCCGCGAGCUUGAAGAUUCCCUUCGCAAAGUGUCCAAGAAGCUUGUCGAAGUUGAAGAGGAAAAAACACUAGUUGCAAGAGAGGCCGAGAGCCAGCAGAACCCUGAUGAAGAAGUGAAGAAGUAUAAGGACGCAGUCGUCAUCUUAAAGGACGCGCUUUCCAGUAAAGAGGAAGCGAUCAGCGAAAAAGAUGCCCAAAUCGAGAAAACGAAGGUGGUCCUCAAGGAAGUUGAGGCAGAGAACCGACGCUUGCAGUGCGAGCUCGAGACGGCAGGAAAGGAAAAGAUCAAGCUUGAGAAGCUCAAUCUUCGUCUCCAAGAUGAGGUCGGCUUGCUGAAGGCUUCUGAGGCUCCAAAGGAGCCUAAGGCUGAGGAGGAAGAUUUCGUGAAACUCGGCUGGGACAGUGAAGGUAAAGUGGAAGAGGUCACAGACUUCGGCUUCCAGAAGGUGGACAGUGCUUGA